UCGAUUUCUCAUUAUUUUCAGGUACCCAGCGGUUGCCCGCCACUUCCAACAAGAAUUCAACCCACACUUUGGCAAAGAGCGGCUUGCGCGUUUGCUAUUCUUAGAAUCAUUUGAGAGUGAAGACAAUUGUUUUCUUACUCCGUGGUCAAGUUAUAUAUUGCAGGCCAUGUCGAUCCUGUUCCCUCUCCCUCAAAGCAAUUCUCUCCACUCAGUCCAAGAUGCGUUUCAUCACUCCAGCGUUCUCUUUGAUCUUCAUCACACUGGCUUUUGCAGCAUUAUCGUCUGCUGCUGAAGCUCCCGCUGCAAGGUCUACCCCUCCCAAUGCUCCCAUGAAGAAUGAUGGAGAACCGGAUUUCUUCUACUUUGGCGCCAAUGCUGACUCGACUGGGCGUUCAAUGCUUGCAAAUGACGAGAUAAUUUCACAAGCAAUGAAAUGGGGACAAAAGUUUUACAUUGAUCAAUUGGUGGAUAGACCGAAAGAGUUUUUGCCUUCCUCGGCAUUUGAUAUUCCAUCAGUUUCAGACUACGAUCAUCGUACGAACAUUGGACCCGGAGCAGAUUAUAUGCUAAGUUGUUAUACCGAUGAAAUUUUCAAUCUGCAACAUAAACUGAACGUGAAAUGUUCAAAGAAGUCCGACUGUGACCAUUCAUAUUUUGUAACUUCAAUUUGGGGAACUGUUGGUAAAAUGGACUGGGAGAAAGAUGGAAUCAUUGUGCGUUCUUGUGCAAUUUUGAUCGUUGGCGGUGAAGGCUGUAAAUUCCCAGACGGACCAACAUGCACAAUGAGUCUCUACAGAGACUUGACUAAAAAAGCCGAUGCAGAGAGCGUUCAUGGUGGGCAAAUGCAUCAAUUUGGUCCUGUGACCUCAUUAGACCAAGUGACAAAAGCAUUAAAGAAGUAUGCCAAGAAGACAAAGCAACAAAUCACUUUACCAGACGGCACCUUGACUAGAACCUCAAAAUAG